AUGUGUAUAAACGUAUCUGUAGCCAUAUGACAUUCCAAUUAGGUUAGAUCUUAUGAGGUACAUAUAAGUUAUUUAGAAUUUACCGCCAGGGGUUUUCCAAAACCUCGUUCUCAAAACAUAAACAGGAAGUGACGUCAUUAUAAUAGGACACGUUAAAAGAGGUUACAAAAAUGAAUGUGGGCACUGCGACAAGUGAAGUGAACCCAAACAGCUCUUACUUCAAUAGUAAGGGUAUGUGGGUGACAUAUGCACUACUGGUGACAGUUUUUCACUUUAUUCUGCUUACAUUUCCUUUCCUCUCUACUGCAAUGGUAUGGACACUGACAAACUGCAUACAUAAUCUCGUUAUGUUUUUGCUACUGCAUAUGCUUAAGGGGACACCAUUUGAGACGUCAGAUCAAGGAAAAGAUCGUUACCUCACACACUGGGAACAAAUCGACCAUGGAGAACAAUUUACAUCUUCUAGAAAAUUUCUUACUAUCGUUCCUAUUGUAUUAUUUUUCCUUGCAAGCUUCUACACAAAAUAUUCAACUGGACAUUUCAUAGUGAAUGCCAUCAGUCUUUGCUUCGUCCUAGUGCCAAAACUACCACAGAUGUACAAAGUUAGACUAUUUGGAAUGAACAAGUACUAAUAAGGAAUAGUAUGAUGUAUAUAAGAGAAACUGGGUCAUGUGACCAUGUUUGAAGGACUUUAUGUAAUAUAAAGUUUGAAAGAUGAAAUUAAAUAAUUUGGCAGAUUGGCAGUUAAUGGAUUGAAAUAACUUCUAAUACUGUGCUACCAGUAUUUUUCACAUGUGCUAUUUUGCGCUUUUCGCUAUUGUGGUAAAAUAAAGAACAGUAUGUAACAGAUUGGAUGUGAAAUUUACAUGUCGCAAAGUCUGAAAGUGAGUUCAUUAAAAUAAUAUUUUAAUUUGUUUUAAUAAUUUGAUUUUGUUUGGUUAGAAAAGAGAAUUUCAUUUAGACUCUUUGAAUAAGAGGUAAUCCUUUGAUCUAACCUCAUCCAAUCAGACUAGAUCAAGCAUAAUUGAACUACCCAAUUAGAGUUGCUGUAACAAAACGUUAUGCCUUCAUAAGUACCUGCUAUUUAUUCAUAUUUAAACUGCCCCAAGGCCGCUACAGCUUCUUUGGGGGUCUGUAAGAUUUUAAUAGCAUAAAAUUACAAAAUUGUGUGUCUUAUUGUCAGAGUUUAAUUAUUGAUACUAGACUGUGGGCUUCAGGGUACUU